AUGGGUUCUCGAGGCAUCACCGUCCUCAAAUUUGUCGGGACUGUCUCCCUCGGUUUACUGACUGGCCUCUCCUUCUCUCUGUCUACCGUUACCGUUCCCACCCUUCUGACGCUGCCUUCCGCCCGAACGGCCUCCAAGGCAUUCUUGAGCCUCUCUGACGCUGCUUCCUCCCAUCUGCGCUCCCUCUCUGGCAUCGCCACCUCGGCCUUUCUGCUCGCUUUCCUGCUGUCUCCCCGCCAUAUCCGCCAUCCGUACCUGCUGUACACCUCCCUGCUCGUCCUCAGCGGCCGGCUGGUUACGGAUGACCGUCUGACACCCUACAUCUUCUCUACUCCGACUGCUGCUAGUGCUGCUGUCGCUUCGUCGCCGCUUGUCAAGCCCGCCAAACACCGCAGUACGCCGGCACACAUGGAGGCCAGCUACGAGGUGCUGGGCGCCCACACCACCGGCUCCGUGGCCGGCUCUGUGGCCGGCUCUGUGUCCGAUUCACACAGCGACGGUGCCAUGUCGGACGGCGAGCUGCCCGCCACUGCCGCCUCGACAACGGCCUCGGCCACGGCAGACAGCGCUGUCAACGGCGAGGAGGUGCGUGCUGACGUCGAGGUCUUCCUCAAGAAGCAGAUCGCACGCACCGUGAUCAGCGGCCUGGCCUUUUCUAUUGCUGUUAUCGGCAUCUGGGGCGACGGGUUGCUCCCGGCUGCGUAG